AUGACUCCAAACCUAUUUGGAAGGUAUUCAAUGGAACCUGCUUCUCUGUUACUGAUCGAUCGACAUCCGUCCGUCCGUUUGGAUAAAACUCAAAUAGAAAUGGAAGACGUGAAACCUCACAUGAGCUUCUCGAGUGAUGAAUCGCGUAGAGUCAUGCAGAUUUAUGGAGCUUUUUCAGAAAGAGACGGCUCUAACCCGGUGCCAAUUCCACUUCCAGCCUUACUGAAUGUUUGUGAACAAAUGGAGCGCAUGCGUAUGUCAUGGAAAGCGGCAGAGGAGAAAGCAGCUUAUUUUGAAGAGCAAUACAAAAAAUUAUCAUCUGAGCAUGAAAAUGUCACCAGAGAGUUACGUCAGUGUAAAGCCGCGCUUAAUGACGCUCGUGUACAAAUGAGGGCUCAAAUAGCUGAAAUUAAUGCACGUCGAGCAGAUAUUGAAGAAAUGGAUCAGAGGCUCAAACUAGUCAGCGAAUGUUUGAAGUCGGAUCUUGAUAAGCUUCCCGCGGAGAAGAGUCGACAACUUGCGUUUUUAAACAAUCCAGAAUUAGUGCGAACAAAUUCUAAGCGAGUAAUUCGAGAACAUUAUAUGGAGGAUGGUGAUACAGAAGAAACGGGUAUGGAUUAUGAUGUCAGCGGUGAUACGUUAGAUACGCUAGAUGAACUCGAAGAACAAGAAUGGCGCUCACGCAACCAUUCUGUGGGUCUUCGUGGACGCCGGUCAGUCUCUGCUCAUGCCCAUCCUUCAAGUGCACCCAAAAGAAGUCGUAGUCGUUACGAAGGUGGUGCAUCUGCACCUGCCAAUGAGAAUGAGGAAACUCGUGAUUCACCGCUUCCGCCGAAACGAUCUCGAGAAACUACGGAAGAGAUCACAACUACUACAACCGUGACCAUUGAUCCAAGCCGUAAGAAGCCAUCUCAGGCGAAAGUGACCAUUAGAAGAAGCAUGAAUAGGAGCAUGUCAGCGAACGACAUCCUUAAUCAGGAAAAGGUCACUCCUGGUGGUCCAAGAACGCCGUUUGUACCUCGAACGACCAGCACACUGGAGCUCCGCACCCCUCGAAAUGUAGGAUCGUGGACCAAUGGAAAACCGAUUGAAACUCGUCCCCAUCGAUUCCAGCCGCUUUCUACAUAUUUUAAGAUAACCUCUUGUGAUGUCUGCCAUGGCGGGAUCAACUUUGCUGCAAAGCCUGCUUACAAAUGCUCUGAUUGUCUUCAGCUUGCCCAUGUUUCCUGUUCAUCGCGGCUUUUGCUACCAUGUGUGCCUCGCUCAAUGAUAUUCCCGCGCACACCAAGCAAAAGGAAUGUGCAGAUCUAUCAGCUACAGGAAUUCUGUCCUUCAACACCACCUAUGAUUGCGUAUCCUAUCAUUCACUGCAUCGUGGAUCUAGAAAACCGCGGUUUGAGUCGAGAGGGUAUCUAUCGAGUCCCUGGAAGAAAGGAUCAUGUGCAAAGUGUCUUGAAUGAGCUACGAACAUCACGUGGUAUCCCUAAGUUACAUAUCCAAGAAACUGAAGUUGUAGCCGAUGUCGUCAAAGCCUUUCUUAGAGAUCUUCGGGAUCCACUCAUACCUAAGUCAUCUCGAGAGGAGUUUGUCCGCGCUGCUCAAACAGACAACAUCUUAGCGUUGAACGUAGCAAUUUGUGAUCUGCCGCAACCGAACAGAGACACACUUUCUUACUUGAUGCUUCACUUGCAAAAGAUCGAGGCGCUGAAAGAAUUGAACAAAAUGACCUUCGAGAACAUUGCACGUUGUAUGGCUGUGGCAAUCAUGGGACAACCAGCUCGAGAACGCGAUAUUCAAUUGGCUGCUGACCUUGCUAGGGAGAAGGAACGUUCUGUACUGCAAAUGUUGAAAAUGUCGGAGGAUUAUUGGCGCCAGUUUUUGGAACCAGGUGAUGCCCGGCCUGAAGCCAGUGGAAAAGGACGAACGCCAGCAGCUCCAACUACACCAUUUGCGCCGUCUUGCGUAGAUAGAAGUAUGCUAGGCCCUGUUACGGUAUCGCCAGCCGCGCCGAAUCUUCUGAGACCAAUUCCGAGACGUCCACAGAAGUUCUUUGAUAGCCCUAUGUAAUUCUUCUAAGUGACCGCCGCAGAAUUCUGUGUUCAAAAAGAAAUCUAUCAAAAAUUCGAAUUCACUACUCAUUAGCGUUUGCAAUUUAGAGAGUUGUUUGUCUAGAUUUUUUAGAGUUAAAAGAAAGAAGUCUCACGUUCCACUAAAAUCACGCCUACUCAAAUUUGAAGCUUGCGUCACUUUUUGCUGCUGUUAAUCUUCCUAAUACUAAUGCGACAUUGGAUCUAAGUGUUGUUCGUUAGUUAUCAUAAGCACGUUCCCAGCUCAUCGCGACCGUUAGCUCAAUCUGAUGUGGCAGAUCUGCUUUACAAUUUCUCCUCAAUCACUACUAUGAUCUUGAACAUGACAUCUCCAGUAACAGCACUUUAUACAAUUUUCUACACAUAUAUUCAUUGUUUAUAUUGGUAUCAUCUGGUGCAUUCUGUAUUUGUGACCGAUAAUCACUAAUAACUGAUGAUAAUACCUGUAAAUAUAUGGAGUUACAUAAUAAAGUCUCAGUUUUAUA